AGAGACGCACCGGGAGCCUCAGCGCGCAAACACACCGUCUCAAAAUGACCGUAGAGAGGAUAUUCGACGAGCUCGGACAUUUCAAAAGAUUUCAGGCGUGUCUGUACUUUGCAGCAGUCUUCCAGGCCGUGGCUUGUGGGAUCCACUACCUGGCCUCUGUGUUCCUGGUGGAGACUCCAAACUUUGUCAGCAGCGUGCCCGGCAACAUCACCGAUGUCCUGUACGGCAACGUGACGGCGUCCAGUCUGGAAGAUGUCCUGCCGGGCUUCAAAUCAGGGAAAGGACCUCUGGUGGUCCGGACAGCCGAAGGAGAGCAGUGGGAGCUGAGCCGAUGCCGCUGCGCCCUGCGAAUCGACCCCAGGGACUUUACCUACGACUUUGAUGGCAACAAAACGGUGAAAGCGUGCGGUGGCGGCUUUGUGUUCGACCACACUGAAGUGUACCAAAGCAUCGUGACGGACUGGGACUUGGUGUGCGACAGAGAGUGGCUGGCCAAGCUGUGCCAGCCCACCUUCAUGCUGGGGGUGCUGAUCGGAGCGCUGGUGUUUGGGGACAUCGCUGACAGAGUUGGUCGUGUGAGGAUUCUGAUGUUCACCAGCCUCUGUCAGUUCGGCCUCGGGGUGGCUGUCGCCUUCUCUGGAAACUACUACUUUUUCGUGGUGCUCCGCUUCCUCCUCGCCAUGGUGUCCAGUGGCUACCUGGUGGUGGUGUUUGUCUACGUGACAGAGUUCACCGGCAUCAAGGUGCGCACAUGGACGUCUAUGCACGUGCACGCGGCCUUUGCAGUCGGCAUCAUGGUGGUGGCUCUGACCGGGUACCUGGUGCGGGUCUGGUGGAUCUACCAGAUCGUCCUCUCCACUUGCACCUCGCCCUUCCUGUUCUUCUGCUGGAAGUUCCCCGAGACGCCGUUUUACCUGAUGGCCAAGGGCCGCUACAAGGACACUCAGAAUCUGCUAGAUAGGAUGGCCCACUUCAACGGCCUCCAGUGCAGGCUGAGGGCAGAAGAUCUUCUGGAACCGGAGAAGAGAGAGAACGGCAGAGCUCUGCUGGAGCAGGAGGCGGCGCAGCAACGGCCGUCGCAGCCCGAAAAGAAGCUGUCCAUCCUGGACCUGUUCGGUAGCUGGAGGAUGGCGGGUCGCACCUGCACCGUGUGGGCCAUUUGGUUCAUCGGCAGCCUGGGCUACUACGUCUUCUCUCUGGGCUCAGUCAACCUGGGAGGAAACCAGUAUGUUAACCUCUUCCUUGCUGGUGCAGUGGAGCUCCCCUCCUAUCUGGUUGGCUGCUUUGCGAUGGACCGGAUUGGAAGGAAGAAGACCUGCGCUCCCGCACUGCUCCUGGCCGGGGUCGCCUGCAUGCUCAUCAUUGUGGUGCCAGCUGACAUAGAGGCUCUGGCCAUCGCUCUCUGCAUGACGGGAAAGUUUGCCAUUGCGAUUGCCUUCGGUCUCAUCUACCUGUACACCUGUGAGCUUUACCCGACCAUCAUCAGGUCUCUGGCAGUCGGCAGCGGCAGCAUGAUGUGCCGCGUUGGCAGCGUGGUCGCCCCGUUCUGCGUGUACCUGGCUGAUGUCUGGGUCUACCUCCCGCAGCUCAUCGUUGGAAUCCUGGCAUUCAUUAUCGGAGUGCUGACAAUGCUGCUGCCUGAGACCCUGGGCCAGCCUCUAACAACCACCUUGGAAGAGGCUGAAUCUCUGGGACGGGCGCCCAGCAAGAAGAAGUCGGCCCUGGGCAGUAGAGAGGACGAGGACGGGCUGGAGCUGAACCAACACCAAACCAAAGCUUGAAACUGCAGGAAAACUGGAGAGACAGAAACAUGGGGAAACGCUGUGGAAAAAAAAAGCUCAAUGGAGGAGGUGACGGCUGCCAAAAACCUGAAACAAUAACAUCAUUGAUUUAUCGGAUUGUUGGGGGGAGAGAAAAGAAAAAAAAGCUUUUAUCACAACUCUUGAAAUGACUUCUUUCGUUGUUGUUGUUGUUUGUUCUGCAAAGUGACCAACGGUUCAGAACUUUGAAGGUCCCGAGGACUUGCACAAACUCUCCUGCAUGCACGCAGACCGCCGAGCAAUCACAGCAGUUCAUGAAUUCAGUGAUCAGACAUAUCGUGUGAAACGUUUCUGUAUGUGUGCUAGCGUGUGUCCAAGACCAAGGGAAAAAAAAGGAAGGAUACGUUCAUCUUUUGUCGUAUUUUUGUAGGUUCGACCAUCGUUUGUUGCGGUUGUGUUAGCAUUGCACUCACCAAAUUAAUUGCUGGAAGAGCAACUUUACUGCAAUCAAUCAGACAAUCAGAUGGUUUAACGAGGUUAUCUAAACGGAGGCAGAGCAAAGAUGAAACACGUUGGACUUUAACUCUCAUGUUUCUCGCCCUUUUGGACUUUUAAUUUUGCAGCGUUGCUCGUUCCUCAGUUAGCUGCUGACUACAGUCUUAUUAUUACUAACAGGACUGAUGGUCGUAGCUACAAAUUUGUAACACCAAAGCUUUAAUCAACAACCUGGAAAACAAAGAAGUCAUCGUGAGCGAACUGCUGCGCCUCACACAUUUUACAUCUCAUCUAUUUAAUCCGUCGAAACGAUAGAAUUUAUUAUUCUAAUGCCAAAGAAGUGCCUGUUUAAACAUUUAAAGUGGCCUUCUUUAAACUUCCUGUUUAAUCUCAGGGCGCCAGUAUCACUGUGAAACGAUCACUUUCAAGAUGUUUUAAUUUCACCCUCAUUUCAUCCUUAAUUCCAUCUCGUUGAAGAUGCUGAGCUUUAACUUUUUUAUCUGACGUAUGUGUGUGUGUGUGUGUGUUAGUGACUCACAGCUUUGUGAGUUAGUGUCUUAGUGUUCUUUUUGUUGUGUAUUCACAAUGCUGGACGUGCUGAAGAGGAUCAGGUGAUGCUGCAUUACUGUGUUUCGGCGUCAAGAUGUGCUAUCCAGAUGUUUGGACCAAAUGCAGGAGUAAACCGCAGUAGUGUGGAAACAUGAAUACCUGCUUUGCAAUGCUGUAGUACGCCACCGGCGUGUUUCAUAUCAACACCAUCGCGUGGUGCUUUAUUCUGAAAAAAAAAAGCAGCUGUUAAUCUAAACCUGAUGACGUCUGAUCAGCAGGUGAUGGAGUGUUCUACCAUCAACAGUGUUUUCUAUGUGUAGUGUCUUUGUUAGUGUUAUUUUUAUUUCAUUAUGGAACAAUAAAUGAGAUGGCUGAGG